GGAGGAGUAUGGACGAGCCUUCUGACGGUGCCUCGACGGCCGGCGCCGCUCAUCAGACGUGGGAAAGGCCGCCAGACCUGAGUGCGCUCAACCUAUACGGCUGGUCGUGGAGCUCCGAGCGUUCGGUCGACGCCAACCUGCUCGACCUCGCUUACCUCGUCGCUCGCAACUCGACGUGCAAGGACGGCCACAUGGGCUGCGUCCUCGCGCGCGGCGUGCCGAACGGCCGCGGCGGCGAGACCGCGGCCGCGCUCGCCCGAGACCCAGUCAACUCGGUGGCGGGAGCGGCAGGCACCGUUUGCCCGCCGUGUCCGCCCGGCGCGCCGCAGGCUGCUGCCGACGGCGCGGAGGCGUCACCCGCGCCGCCGCUCUGCCCGUCGGUGGUGCUGUGCGCCACCAACGCGCCGCUGUUUGGCGCGCACCGCUCGGACUGCCACGCAGAAGCGCUCGCCGUCAGCGAGUGCGCGCGGCGCGGCAUCGGCACCGCCGGCCUGUCCAUCUACGUCACUCGCACGCCGUGCGGGCCGUGCUACAAGCUCCUCGCCGCCGCCGGAGUCGCUCGCAUCGUUGCACCCAACGAGCGCAUGGCGUCGGCGGACUGCGCGGCGAGCGCGGCGCGGCUGGGGAUCGAGUACAUCUGGCUGCCCGACUCGCCGCAGCGCGCCGCGGAGCGCGAGGCGCUCGGCAGCGCCAAUGAGGACUACGAGAGGGUGCGCGCCCUCCGCGAGGAGCGGAAGAGGCUGCGCAAGGAGCGCUCGUACGGGCGAAAGAGUUGCGCGCGGACGGCGGCUUCGGAGGAGGCGGCUGCGGCGCAGCCGGAGGGAGGAGGGGGCGGCUCUGGAGGCGGUGUGGGGGCGGCGGCCGGCGAGGGGAGAGGUGGCGAGAGCGGGUGCGGGGCGGUGGGCGUGUAAUGCGAAUCAGAGCCAGUCUGCGACACUCUGCAUCUGGGCGCGGAGUCCGGGUGGCCGGUUCUUCUUUCCGUGCCAGUGAACGCCAGUCCCGUGCCCCGCGCCGGAGAUCAGAGGGCUCGUGUCAGAGGGAAAACCCGCCUCAGAAGGCGGCACCGCGGCAGAGGGUGGAGAAAAAAGAAAGAAUUUACAUCAAAA